UGGCAGCGCCAGUGUGUCAAAUCAUCUCUGCUAAACACAAAAACUAAAACGAUUUUCCAUUUCUUGCUACUUUAACUUCGGUCCAAGAUGAGUCAAUAUAUAGCUAAAGCCACUGCCCUGGCCAAUACUGUGGCUGCGCUGGCACGUCCGCAACUGAAGGAAUUCUGGAAAUAUGCCAAAGUGGAGCUGUCGCCGCCGCUGCCGGGCGACUUCAAGAAGGUGCAAAAGAGCACAAAGAAUCUCAAGACGGAUGUCAAGGGCUUGGGCGGUCGCCUGGGACAGGUCACAGUGCGCGAGGCCUGGCUGAAUAUUUUGGUUACCGUUGAGGUAAUCUCCUGGUUCUACAUGGGCGAGGUGAUUGGACGUCGCCACUUUGUGGGCUACAAGGUCUGAACAAAAUGUUUCCUCAAUUGUUUAAUACACAAACAGACACAAACACAAACACACACACGAGAGUAUAUUUUGCGUCCAGGUGCAUUGAAUAAAAAGCUGUAGCGAGCCCCUCCCCGAA